UCUGUUCUCUCAACGGAAUAAAGCCACCGAGUUAACGGACGUAAAACUCUGCAUACGAAAACAUUAGGAGCUAAAACAUCUUCUGAUACGACAUAUUUUUUUCAGUUUUUAUUUAUUUAUUUGAAUGAACGUCAAUCAAGAGAAGAAAUGUCAAUGACGCAUCGACUUUUCGUCUUAAUAGUAUUAGUCUCGACUUCAGCUGUAAUAGCCACAACCUCUGAGGCUCUCAACACAACCACAUCUAUGACAACAAAUUACAAUUCCACAGGCAGUAUUGCCUUGUCACCGAGACAGAUUGAGGAAGUUUCAUCUACCACAAACAUCACAACGAUACACACUCAAACAUCGACAGAGGGAAUGACUACUAAUUCAAAUUUUAUCACAAAAUCCACAAAUCCCAGUCAUUUCACAACUAGCACAAACAAUGUUAUUUCUACUGUUAUUGGUGGACCAACAAGCAUUCCAUCUUGGAGCACAGCCACAGUAUUCCCAAGCAAUGUCACGACUCCAGUCAUACCAACGCAUGGUGGUAAUGUCACAUCUAUACCUUUUUCCACUCAAAGCAACGUGACAAGCUCAUCCACAAUAUCUCCAGAAAAUGCCACAAUUUCAUCAGUGAGUACUCCAGGGAAUGCAUCAAUUCCGCCCCUAACUACAUCAGGCCAUGCCACACCUACACCUACAACUGUAACAACAGCAGCCAACACCUCAAGUCCACCUGUAUCUACACCAGGGAAUGUUACAAACCAUCCUGUAACUGCACCAGGAACUGCCACAAAUCCUCCAGUAAAUACAGGCAGUGCCACAACUUCUUUUCCUGUGCCAGUGAACAGCACAACUUCAUUCCUAACAACAAGAGGCAAUACCACUAGUCCUCCUUUUAGUACAUUAGGCAACACAACAGCAACAAUUUCAACACCAGGCAGUGCCACUACUGCACCCCAAAUUACAGGAGGAAAUUCAACAAUUACAGCAGGCAAUGCAACUACAACACCAAGCAAUGCCACAACUGCACCUAUAACUACCCUAAGCAAUGGCACAUUUCCACCAUUAACCACACAUGUUUCAAUUCUUACUACACUUGGGAAUGCCACAGUUCCACCUGUAACAACAACAGGCAACAGCACAAUGUCAGCUCUGACUACACCAGGCAAUUUCACAGCUCCACCUCAACCUUCACAAGGACCAACAAGCAUUCCAUUUUGGAGCACAGCCACAGUAUUCCCAAGCAAUGUCACGACUCCAGUCAUACCAACGCAUGGUGGUAAUGUCACAUCUAUACCUUUUUCCACUCAAAGCAACGUGACAAGCUCAUCCACAAUAUCUCCAGGAAAUGCCACAAUUUCAUCAGUGAGUACUCCAGGGAAUGCCUCAAUUCCACCCCUAACUACAUCAGGCCAUGCCACACCUCCACCUACAACUGUAAUAACAGCAGCCAACACCACAAGUCCACCUGUAUCUACACCAGGGAAUGUUACAAACCAUCCUGUAACCGCACCAGGAACUGCCACAAAUCCUCCAGUAACUACAGGCAGUGCCACAACUUCUUUUCCUGUGCCAGUGAACAGCACAACUUCAUUCCUAACAACAAGAGCUACCUGUCCUGCAGUGCCCUGCUCACCCCUCAGUGUUUGUGUGAAUUCCACCUGUCAGUGUCUGGCAGGAACAUAUCUUUUAAAUAAUUCCUGUGUAGAAACUAAAACCUUCCCCAGUACACUUCGGGUGAACCGCACUUUUGAAAAUGCUAUGAAGAAUCCCCAAUCACACGAAUUCCGGCAAACUGCUAAUGAGAUCAUUUCUGCGGUAAAUAUAGCUCUGCAUAACCAGCCAAACUACAUAAGCAGCACUGUCCUUAGGUUAAUGCCUGGCAGUGUGGUGGCCUCAGUAAACAGUUUUUUUGAGCUCAAUUCUCAAGCCACCCAGGAUUCGGUUAUAGCGGCCAUGGAUACUGCUAUAAAAGAGUGCAAGGACUGUGGAAUUCUUGCUAAUGCUACAUAUAUGAAAACUGAUCUGUGUCAGCAGGAGCCUUCUCCUUGUGAUCUUGACACUACAGAAUGUGCAUUUAGAGAAGGUCUUGCUGAAUGUCCCUGCAAAAUGGGCCAUGUACCCAGCCCUUACCAGAGGAAGAGCUGUACAGUCUGCCCCAGUGGAAAGAAAGCACAAGGAGAAAAAUGUGUUCCAUGUCCAUUUGGCUAUUCUGGAUUCAACUGUGAUGACUCCACUUUGAUUGCUCUAGUGGUGGUGGCAUGUGUGUUAGGGGGAGUUCUGCUCAUUGUGAUUUUGGCUGUGCUCAUCUACCUCUGUGUGACUCAUCGCUGGAAAAAGUCUAAGGAACAUGUGUACAACACCCCAAACCCUGCUGAGGAGUUCACGUCCACAUGGUCCUCUCCGGGCAUAAUUUCUAUUCCUCGUGCCACUGUCAGUGCCAGCAAUGAUGCCAAUGACACAACUUUGGAAAUGACUGAGGGGGCAGGCAAAAGGAAUAGCCAUAGUAACGGAUUGGCAGGUUCAUAUGACCUCGCUACAGAUGGCCUGAGGACCUUUAAGGGAGAAUACCCCUCACGCUACUCUUAUUUGGUGGGUCAUGAAAACCCCUACUUUCUGGCAGAAGACAAAAAGAGAACCACAUGAAGAAAGUAGCAGAGGGGCGGGAUAGGGUACAAGUGUUUAAGAGCAAAGUUAUGGAAAAGAGUAAUAUAACAACAUUAUAAGAAUGAUUUGGAUCAAAAAUAAGAAGUCCCCCUGGUUCAGGAAAUUUAAAACUGUGAAAACCCUUUGGCUGAUCACAGAUGCAAAGAACACACACAAGUGGCAUUUGAGAGAUCCAUCAUUUUAAACCUUUUUUACAUUUUUGUUUCCUUUUAAAAAUUUUAAAUGACUCACCCAUGAUAAAAUGCUCACUUCUUGAAGUGCAUUAAUGAUUGGGUUACUUAUACAAACCAUGCACUGACUCAACUGUCACACAAUACAACAAAACAAUGACGUCUUAAUUAUGAUAAUGAGUGUACUGGACAUUGAUCAAACAUUCACCUGUUGAUAUUUGCAUUCAUUGUUUUCAUUUGUUACCAUGUUUCAUCUGCAAAUGUUUUGUUCAUGCACCAAUUAGGGUCAUUAUCUUUCAGAAGAAUGUAAUAUUGAACAACAUUUCAAUUUUUAAACAAAAUAUAUAAUAUUAUAAAUGAUUUAAUGUUAAACCAAAUUUCAACAUGUGUUACUGUAUUUAACUAACAUGUGGUAGCAAUAAGGGAUGAGCACAUGAUGCAAUCCAGAAUACCAACAUUUUAAUAGCAUCUAAUCCCCACUUAUUUUAACUGCACAUUUCAAUAGAGAGCAUCUCAAAUCUUAUGUUUGUGUGUGUGCAUCCGUUUAUACCUUUAAGCUAUGAUUAUAUCUAUUCGAAAUGUCUGAUACUCUCAAUUAUGAAUUAUUGGUUGAUAUUAAUUUUCACAAAGAAUUAUUAUUCUUUUUCAAUCAGGACAAUUCAUGCCAUCUGAAAUGUAUCUCUGUGCCUGACUUCGAUGCUGUCGUUUGAAUGGGAGAAUGCAAUAAAGGAGAGCUUUUAAAAUGUAUUAUGCAAAAUUCUGUAGUUGUGCCAAUGAUCAUAUUUAUUCAAAUCAGAACAUGAAGAUGUUUACGCAACUCUAUUUGGUUCAUAUAUACUUAAUUAUGUUUACUGAACUACUUUCUGUACAUAAGGCUUUUGUAAAAAUAAUAAUAAUAAUAAAAACUCUUCGUAGACAAAGUGAUUCAUCUUAUUCUGUAUUUAAAAACAAAUACAUUAUUAUAAAGAUGUAGUUAUCGUACAUUUGUCCAGUUGUUCUUCUUUUUAUGCCUAUACACAUGCAUAUGCACCUUCUUUCUUUCUUUCUUUCUUUCUUUCUUUUUUCUUUCUUUCUUUCUUUCUGUAUUCAACAAAAUCA